AAAACUGUAUAUGGCUAGAAGGAUUAUGGGUUUUUCUCCUAAUAGAGGGCAGGGUCCACAGUACCCACCUAUGGUUAGACAAAGGUCUUUGUACAACCUCAGUUUUGAGGAUGUUCAGAGACCGUUGUUGGGAAACACAGGGAGUGAAAGUGCAUAUCUUGUGCAAGAACCUUCAUGUGAUCAUCAUUCUUUUACCAAAACCAGUGGCAUUGGUGUGGCUUGGAGGGGAAUUGUUGACCAUGAACACAUGAACAGGUCGGUAGAAACCCUCUUGAAUGAACCUACUUUAGGGGAAUCAACUUUAGAUCAUUUCCUAGCUAAUGCAGGUGUGAUCAAUGUAGCUGAUCAGAAUACCAACGUUCACACUCUGCCACCAAUGGUGAUUGAUUCAAUACAUCAACAACAUUGGUUGCAAAUUCCUUCUGUUAGCACCCACCAACCUCAUCAUCAUCAUCAUCAUCAGUCACAGAUAAUUGGAAACUCUCAAGAUUUCAGUGUUUCUAAUAACUCAUUCUACGAUAGCCAACUUAGUUAUUCAGAAAACUCAGCGGGGAUUCCAAUGUCUCCUUCCUAUUCAUAUUCUUCUAAGACCUCUCUUUUUAGGAAGAGAAAGCACUCAAAUGAUGAGAUGCUGGAAAAGGCUGUAGAGAGAAGACAAAAGAGAAUGGCUAAGAACAGGGAAUCUGCAGCAAGAUCUAGGGCAAAGAAGCAGGCGUAUACGAACGAGAUAAAAAAUACCAUCCUCAACCGUCCUCAGCCAUCCUCAGCCGUCCUCAACCGUCCAGCCAUUUGGGGGUUCACAGCAAAAACAACAACAUAUCAGAAAUGCACAAGCCAGAAGCUUCAUAGCACAGUAUACAACAUCAACAAAAGACAUCAUCAACAAAUCAGAAGUUUCGCGGUGGCCGUCGGGACUGAAGAUCGCGUGCCCCAGAUCGUGACGGUACCGGAGGCGGAGGCGACCCAGUCGCCGUUGAGGGAGAAACGCGCGAUGGGCUUCGCGAUUUGGGCUUCGCGAUCUGGAGCACUGUCGGAGGCAGAGGCAGAGGCAGAGGCAGCAGUGACGGUGGCGCGGUGGAGGAACCCUAUUUCCGGCAGAGGCAGAGGCAGAGGUCGCGAUCUGGAGGAACCCGCGACGCAAAGGUCGCGAUCUGGAGCACUGUCGGAGGCAGACGCAGCAGUGACGGUGGCGCGGUGGAGGAACCCUAUUUCUGGCAGAGGUCGCGAUCUGGAGGAACCCGCGACGCAGAGGUCGCGAUCUGGAGCGGUGGAUGAAACCCGCGACGCAGAGGCAGCCGUGGAAGAGGUGGAGGAACCCGCGACGCAGAGGAAGAAUGGAGAGCAGGAGGAAGGAGAAGCUGAGGAAGGAGAAGCCGUGGAAGUGUUGAUUUGA